AUGGUGACGACUAGAACAACAAAGAAGAUGACGAUGGAAAACAGCAUAACACGAUGCCAAGAAGAGGAACGGCAGAGCAGCGUUCUGGACAAGAGAUCGAAGACUACUAUUCAAUCCAUCGGAGAAAGAGCUCCAGUUAACAACAAGAGGAAGCUGGAAGAUUCACAUGGAAAGAAGAAGAAAGAAAAACGACCAAGGAACGAAGAGGACAAUAGAAGACAGAGGAGCGUGGAUGCUAAACCUGGACCAUCAUCACAGGAGUCCAUAUCACAACCUGGACCAUCAUCACCCGUUAACAACAAGAGGAAAUGGGAAGACUCAAAGGGAAAGAAGAAGAAAGAAAAACGACCAAGGAAUGAAGAGGACGAUAGAGGACAGAGGAGCGUGGAUGCUGAACCUGGACCUUCAUCACGGGUGUCAAUAUCACGUCCUGGAUCCUCCUCAAAGGACUCAAUAUCACGUCCUGGAUCCUCCUCAAAGGACUCAACAUCACAUCCUGGAUCCUCCUCAAAGGACUCAACAUCACGUCCUGGAUCCUCCUCAAAGGACUCAACAUCACGUCCUGGAUCCUCCUCAAAUGACUCCAUUUCCCUGAAAACUCUUUUGUUCCACAGAUUACUUGGAGAGGGCGGCUUUGGAAAGGUAUGUGAAAACCCGUACAUGGCUAUAUUAAUCAUUUGUAUCACUGCAGAAAAAAAUAAUCAGAGUGAUAUAAUAAUUACUCUAAAAUGCAACAGGAAACCUUUACAGAGCUAUGGGUAAAAAGAAAGUUUAUACUUAAAGUUUAAUUAAAGGGACAGACCAAGCAGCAUAAAUGCUACAGGUUAUUUCAGUCACAGAGAGGCUACUGCUUAUCCGUAGAAAUAUUUUAAAUACAUAAAUACCCAGGUGAAACUUCCUCUUAUGGGGUCUCAGGCUGUAGGGUGGGCUCUGGGCACUGGGAAAUUGUCUGUUUUUUGUUUUUUAAAUUUCUUUAAAAAUAUUUUGACAAAAACUGAAGGUACUGCACCCAUAUGGUCCUUGCGCCAUACAGAAGGUAAGCUGUAGUAGUUAUGGUGCUCGGAGUGCCCUUUUAAUGUUAUUUGAUUUUAAUGAUAGGUCAUUUCUAAAAAAAAAUAAAUGUAACUUUCUAAACAUAUCAUUGUGAUCAAUUUGCUUGAUAUUAUUAAUUGGGUUAAUUACUAAAAUGAGAAUUCAAAAUCAAACGAGUGAAAUUCAAAUUUUAGGUCGAAGUAGCCGAAUUGGAGCAUAAUUGCUUUAGAGACUUUUUUUCUACUUUAUUUAUUAUGGGUUUAAAUUUUUAAUUCACUAUGGAUUUAAAAAUUUGAAGAAUUGAAAAAUUAUUUUGGCCAAUUUUUAUUUUUUUUUAACCUUAAAUUGUCUAUUCACUAAAUGGUCCAGUUUCCAGUUUGUCUAAAUUCUCCAAUUUUGGAAAUAUGUUUGUGUACACAACACACCUAUCUGCACAAUGAAUGUUUUACCUGUGUGACUGUCCUAGUUAUUAUCCUAACGAUUGUGAUUUAUGAAUAUAAAACACUGGUGGGACAUGUUGGGUUAUUGUACAUUGACUAUGGUAACAGAUUUAGUGAUAACUGAUUCCCAACUGUCAUCAAUGCUGCAAAGUUUUGGUCACAUGACCUAAUGAUGUGGAUUAAAAACUACAAAACAAACUUAAAGUAAUACAACUGUAAUAUACUUGGAGUAAUGGUGCGUAUCUUAUAAUGUGAAAAAAUGUAUGUAGGUUAUUUACUAAAGUGAGAAUUCAAGAAUAAUUUAAAGUGAGUUUCAAAUGUAAGGCCAGAGUAGCCGAACUGAAUGCACAGCUCCUGUAGAGAAUUUUUCUAGUUUGGCUACUUUUACCUUAGAUUUUAAGCGGGUACUGGCAAACACACACUGCUAGGGUUUGGGUAUCCCUGGCGGGUUUCCAUGUGUUUGACGAGAUUAUGGAGGGGACCUUUGUGCAGAUCUCUCUUGUUUUAACUAAUUGAGCCCCCAUCCCACAGCCAAGGGACUCAAGGCAAGAGCCUCAGGGUUCAGCCAAUGGUUAGUGACUCCUGGGUGCAACCUUUUGGCCCCCAGUGGGUGUGGCUAAAUUAAACACUCCCUGUCAGAUUUAUUGUUUUUUGUUCCAAACAUUUUCUUGUGUUUGUUGGUCGAGUGUUGUGUGUGGUGGAUGAAUUGUGAAUGUGUAAAGGAGUCAGAAUGUGGCUGAGUGUUGUGUGUGUCUGGGGAAGGCUGCACACCUCCCAACAUUUCAAAUAGGCUAGGGGUGCCCAAAAGGUAGAUACCAAAUUUUGUAUAACUACAACUCCCAUGGUGCUUUACAUGCCUUUACAAUGACAAAGCAUUAUGGAAGCUGUAGUUUUCCAACAUCGGGGAUAUACAUUUUGGGCACCCCUGAAAUAGACAAAGAAGGGCACUUUAAUUAUAGGGUUGUGAGUGGGUGUGUGACCAGGAGCGGGGCUGUUCUGAGAAUUUUUAGGUGGCUUAAUAGUAAUAAUUUAAGAAAUAUUAAUGUUAUUUAGAGCAAAAAACAAUGUAUCUUAUUUUACCCUGACUGAUUUCUAAACAGAAUUAUUGUAGCUCUAUAAGUAUUGUUGCUGUGGAGCUCUGAUAUACACACUGACACACCAACAGUAUGGAGCUCCUAAAAAGAAGGGAGAUUAGGAUAGAAAAGAGGAGCAGAUGGGUUAGAAAAAAAGGCUUGCAGAGGCUGCAGACAAGAGAUCUGCACCUUUUUCAUGUUGGUUUUUAGAUAUACCCCAAUGCAAAAAUGCACAAUUAAACCCUAAUCCAGCUAUGCUUCUACCUCUUUGGCUUUAAAUUUGAAAUUCAGUUUGAAUUCUCACUUCAGUGAAUAACUGUGAAUUUGUUUUUAGCCAUCUAAAAGAAGCAGAGCAACUUGGAAGUCAAUUAACAGGUUUCGUUCCAGAUAGUAUUAUAUUUACACUGCAAUGCUACAUAAUGGAUAGAGAAAUAGUAAGGCAGCUGUUAAACCCUUAUCUUUAUUAAUUGCAUGUGUUUUGUAUAUGGUCUGUAGGGGAAAGAAGUGAGGAAAAUGGCCGACCUGGGAACAUUCUCUAAGUUAGCUAUAUUUCCAAUUUGGCUAUUUUGGCCUUAAAUUUGAAAUUCAAUUUGAAUUCACUUUGAAUUCUCACUUUAGUGAAUAAUCCUGCUUGUGUUUUAUUGUCUAAACAGCUUUGAAUUGACCAAUAACAUUGCAGGGGCAUGACAUAUACACCAAAACUACUUCAGUUAGCUAAAGCUGUUUUAGUGCUUAGAGCAUCCCUUUAAUUCACAUCUUCCUGAAGAAAAUAUUUUGUUUGUUUGAACAUAACAUUAUGAGAUAUGUAAAGCACGGUUCCUAGCAUUUCCCACCCCAAUCAAAUAAUCAUCCUGGCCAAGACAAUCAACACGGUUUUUUACUAAAGUGAGAAUUGUCAGGAAUUCACAAUUGAGUGAAUUAGAAAUUUAAGGUUAAAAUAGUCAAAAUGGAAAAAUUCUCCAUUUCAGCUAUUCUUACAAGCUUUAAGCUGCUUCAGCCUUAAAAUUGAAAGUUUGAAUUACCAACAAUUUUCACUUUAGUUAAUAGCACAGCCAUGUUUUCCCAGGUCAGGUCAAGAUGGGAAUGUAUGAAAGUAUGUUAUUAUCCACAAUACUUACAAUAUGGACAAUAACACACAACACUGUAUCUCUGCUGUGCUUCCCACCACAAAUGCUCCAAUAUCCAAUGUCCGAGUCCUUAUUAGGCCCUAUUACUGUGUGUGGGUCAUACGCAGCACCCUAAACACUUUAAUUUUAGCUUUGCUGAAGUUUGACAAUUUAAAGAUACCAAAUUAAUAUUAACAUUUAGAAUUUAAAAAAUAAACACACUAAGCUGUGUAUACUACAGUUGGUAUCACCAUGGCUGCUGUUGCUAUAGCAACAUCGCAGCUUUAUAGAACAUGGCUGACCAACUGCCAUUUCUCUGAAAACUUUCGAGCAAGAGGAGAGUUUUGCGAGCUGGGAAACUUUUUCAAAUACUUUGUUGUUGGCGGUGGUGUCAUUUCAACACCAGAAGAAAGACGAUGGUGAGGACUAGAACAACAAAGAAGAUGACGAUGGAAAACAGCAUAACACGAUGCCAAGAAGACGAACGGCAGAACAGCGUUCUGGACAAGAGAUCGAAGACUACUAUUCAAUCCAUCGGAGAAAGAGCUCCAGUUAACAACAAGAGGAAGCAGGAAGAUUCACGGGGAAAGAAGAAGAAAGAAAAACGACCAAGGAACAAAGAGGACGAUAGACGACAGAGGAGCAUGAAUUCUAAACCGGGACCAUAAUCACAGGAGUCCAUAUCACAACCUGGACCGUCAUCACCCGUUAACAACAAGAGGAAACGGGAAGACUCAAAGGGAAAGAAGAAGAAAGAAAAACGACCAAGGAAUGAAGAGGACGAUAGAGGACAGAGGAGCGUGGAUGCUGAACCUGGACCUUCAUCACGGGUGUCAAUAUCACGUCCUGGAUCCUCCUCAAAGGACUCAACAUCACGUCCUGGAUCCUUCUCAAAGGACUCAAUUUCCUUGAAAACUCUUUUGUUCCACAGAUUACUUGGAGAGGGCGGCUUUGGAAAGGUAUGUGAAAACCCGUACAUGGCUAUAUUAAUCAUUUGUAUCACUGCAGAAAAAAAUAAUCAGAGUGAUAUAAUAAUUACUCUAAAAUGCAACAGGAAACCUUUACAGAGCUAUGGGUACAAAGAAAGGUUAUACUUAAAGUUUAAUUAAAGGGACAGACCACGCAGCAUAAAUGCUACAGGUUAUUUCAGUCACAGAGAGGCUACUGCUUAGCCGUAGAAAUAUUUUAAAUACAUAAAUAGCAAGGUGAAACUUCCUCUUAUGGGGUCUCAGGCUGUAGGGUGGGCGCUGGGCACUGGGAAAUUGUCUGUUUUUUGUUUUUUAAACUUCUUUAAAAAUAUUUUGACAAAAACUAAAGUGACUGCACCCAUAUGGUCCUUGCGCCAUACAUAAGGUAAGCUGUAGUAGUUAUGGUGCUCGGAGUGCCCUUUUAAUGUUAUUUGAUUUUAAUGAUAGAUCAUUUCUAAAAAAAAAAAAAAUUUAACUUUCUAAACAUAUCAUUGUGAUCAAUUUGCUUUUUUAUAGGGUGAGCCUUUUAUGUACUGCAUUUUACCAUCAGUCAGGAUAAUAUUAAUUGGGUUAAUUACUAAACUGAGAAUUCAAAAUCAAACAAGAGUGAAAUUCACAUUUUAAAACAUGACAGGAGGCUUCGUAUUUGCAUUAACUUUCUUUACUAGCUCCAUAGCAGCAAAGAAAAAAUCAUUAAAGAAAGAACCAAUCAGAGUAGAACAGAGGAUAUAUAAGUCCCAGCGUAGCCAAUCAUUUCCUCUCUUUCUUUGCUGCUCCAUCACAAGUCAGGUCAGAGUACUGAUUUCUUUAAGAUUCCUGUCAGGUUUCUUUAAGAUGUUUUGACUGUAUGUUUUGGCUUAACUGUACUUUAUCUUAUUGUUUUAUUUACCUCUAUGCUGUAGUGGAUUGGGGGCCAGGGGGAACCUGAGUGGGACUACCCUUUCCUGUCAGGGGAGCUGUGCUCCCUUUGGGACAGGGUACUGGGCUGAGGCUCUCCUAUCACUGCUCGUACGGACUGUUGUCCGACUGCCUCCCACCCCCCCUCCACCCCCCUCUCUUCCGUUUCACCUAUUCCAGGGUGGCUACGCUCGCCACCCCCCCUUUUUUCUCUGCUGUCUCGCUCUGCUCGCGCUCUAGUAGAGCGAGCAGGCGAGACCCUCGUCUCUCAGGGCGCCGGGCUUUCGCGGCCCGAUCCGUUCGCGCCGUCAGCUUCAAAGGCGCGAACGGCGGACCGUUACUGCUCGCGCCCCCCUCCCAAGCCGUUCGCGGGGUUUUGCCGCGAACGCAUUUAAUUCAGUCCGUUCGCGGGUUUUCUUAUGCGCACAGCGUUCGGCGGUUUCAGCCAGGCGAACGGCCGUUCGCGGCUAAUCUGCCGAACGCUGGAAGGGCUCCAUUUUUGCGGGCUUUGUGCCUGAUAGUCUCGCGAGACCCGUGCGGCCAUUUUGUGGGUUACCGGUUUUGGAGUGUAACACCUAUCAAGAGAAGGCUCUAG